AUGGAAAAGAUAGAAAAUUUCGAAGAUUGUAGAUUCAUUUCUCAAGCGAAGCUCACAGAACAGUAUGAAGCUUUAAAGCAAAAAAUACUUUUUGUCAAUCAGUUUUUGAUUGAAGAUUCUAAAGAUCAGGCUGAAGGAAUUUUAGAAUCUCUAACUCUCUCUCCGUGAGUGAACAAAAAAGUUUUGUUCGCUCAUUGAGAGUUUUGUUUGCUAAAAUUUAUGUAUAAAUAUUAUAGAAAUGCUGUUCAAAAUUGGAAAGCAAAAAUUAAUUUAAUUUUAAAAUUUAUUUUUUAAAUGCAAGCUCUUAUAUUAAACAAAAUUAGCUAGAGAUUUCAUUAUACUAAUUAUCAUUUAUAUAUCAAAAUAUUUUUCAUAAAAAUUUUAUUUUUGUUCUUUUACGGAGAAUGAGCUUUUGUCUAAAAAUAGGGAUUUUCCAAUGGUUUUGUUUAUUCACAGAGGGAGUAAGCUCACUUGUUAGUUUUUUUCAGAAUAUUGACUGUUUGUAUUAUAAUUCUAUUGAUAUUCUAGAAGAUACUUCAAGUGAUAAAAGUUGGAUAGAUUUAGCAAGCAGUUUGUGUUUUACUUAUAACUUCCCAGAAGCAGAUUUUUCUUGCUAUUCUAUAUUUAAUAAACUUCUGCUGUUUUACAAUUUUGCAUCCAAAAUCAUAUUUUAA